AGCAGCACUCCGUCAGAGAUCCAGAGCUGCAGUUUCAUCUAGCUGUGGGAAGUUGUGCUUCAUAUCCUGAGAUUUUAAAGAACAGUCAAACGCAGAGAUGACUACCAUGUUCAGAUACCCCGUGUUUCCAGUCCUUCCAGGUCUGGACCAGACAGAUAUACCAGAGGGAUUGUCCCGUGCGCGGAGCAUUAUGGCAGAGCCAGACUAUAUGGACGGUGAUAGCGAUGAACUCAUCAAGCCCAAGAAACUCCUCAACCCAGUGAAGUCCUCCAGAAAUCACCAGGACCUACACAGAGAGCUCCUUAUGAACCAGAAAAGGGGCCUUGCACCGCAGAAUAAACCAGAACUCCAGAAAGUGAUGGAGAAGAGGAAGAGAGACCAGGUGUUGAAGGCUCAGAAAGAGGAGCAGGAGGCGCACAAGAAAAGGUCAGACCUUGAGAUCGAGCUCAUGAAGAGACGAGAAACCCUCGAGCAGCUGGAAUUGGAGCAACAUAAAAACGAAGAGGAGCAAGAAAACACCCCAGAGUUUGUCAAAAUGAAAAGCAAUCUGAGAAGAACCAAACAGGAAGUGGAUGGGCAGGAGCGUGCCACCUAAAAACAGUUUCCAUGGCAUAUUUGUUGGGAAAUGGAUUGGUGUUUGUGGGGAUUUCCUGAUAUUCUUCCCCCAUGUGUCCCUAUAAAACAAGUGACUGUAGAAGAACGGUUCCUGUUGCCUGCUCGCAGACACAACCAGUAUUCACGGAGCCUCUUUUCCUGAACAACGAUCACACUUAAAGAGGAUUGAAGAAUAAACGACACACAUACACACAAACUCUUGCACAUGGGCGCAGCCUCUUUGCCACUGGUUGACUGGCUUCAAAGAACAUGCAUGGCGGAACAAACAGAGACCACAUGGUUACUUUGUUGGGUAUUUUUUUAUUUUUUGGAAAAAAGGGGCACAUAUUAUUUUACUAUUUUACUAUUUUACUUUAAAGACCUGAAAUGGGACACUGGAUGGACUCUUUUAAGCCAAAACAAUCCUCUUUUAUUUAUGUUCAGUGUAAGCUUUUGUUUGAAAGGGCUUCUCGAGACAUUUUCCUAUUGGUUGAUGUUUAAAGGAAACUAAGUAGAAAGUUCCAACAAUGCAAGUUGUGGUUGCAUCAUGCUUGCUUUUUAUGAAUUGUAAUGUUUGUGCGCUCCCUCUGCUAAAUUUCAUAAGCAAUACUAGUUCUAGUUUUGUGAGUUUUCUUUGCAAAUAUUUUUGUUACAACUUUUUUCAUUAAUAUGUUACUAAUAAGUUAAUACAUUUUAGUUCAAUGUGAUAUUAAAUGCAAGUGCAUCUGUUUUCUUUUCACUUGAAUGGUAGUUGUUUUCAACCCAAAAAGUUGAAGGAGAACAUGAAAUGUUUAUUAAUGAAGAAAGACACGUGGUUUUGUGUAGAUUUGAGCCAAUAAAUAACCACUCCUUGUGUUCCCUUACCUUCUUUUAAUAAAUAUUAUUUUAUCA